AAGGGAAGAAGGAGGCCGAUAGGGGUUUGAUCAGAUUUGGAUAGCUUGCCAUUCCAAUCGAAUCAUCGUGUUUCCGUAGGAUUUACAACUAGUCAAACCAUACAACAACAAAGGAAGAAGAAGCAGAUCUACCCUACAACAUCCAGUUCCAGUGUCUACUUUGGUCGCCAGCUUGAGUUUGAAACUAGAGAAGAUUGCGUCAUUGCUGUGAUCUGAUCGAGGACGGGAUCUUAGAAUGGGUUCGACACAGUCCAUGCAAGUGGCGGGAGAGAGUGAAGAAGACGAGGAAGAAGAAGAAGAAGAGGAAGAAGGAGAAGACAACCGCAUUGGGGCGCCCAUCGCAAGUGUUCUCGAGGAGGACAAGGAUGAUGAUUUGCUCAACAAGGUUCUCCAACAAGAACCCGAAAUGCUCUGCCACGCGUCCGCAUCGCCGCUCUCUCCUCAGCUCUCCUCGCUCGGCACUCCGCGCCUCGGACCCUCCAUCAAGGUGUGGGAUCCUUACAACGUCCUCGCGCCCCCCACCCCGCCGCCUCAUUCCCCCUUCUCCCGGAGCUUCUCCGUAGACGACGAGCGCUUCCUCACCACCACGGAGGUGUUUCUGGUGUGUCACGGCGAGUGUGAGUUGAAUUUGAGGCCGGAUUUGGUGGGUGGGCGGUGCCCACAGGCUGCCUUGACUCCCAAUGGCAAGAGGCAAGCCAGGGCCUUGGCUGUCUUCUUGAAUUCCCAGAGGGUCACCUUCAAUGCUGUUUACACCUCCCCUUUGGAUCGUGCGCGCUCUAUGGCGGUUUCUGUCUGUCAGGAAAUGAAUUUUCCAGUAGCACAGAUUCAAACCUCGGAUGCACUUGCAGAGAUGAGCCAGGGGCAGUGGGAGGGCUGCUCUCGGUCUGAAAUAUACACAGCUGAAGUUUUGAGCUUAAUUGACAGACUCCAGCCUGAUUUCUCUGCACCAUCUGGAGAGUCACUCAGGCAAGUAGAAUUUCAAAUGGUCCAUUUUCUAAAUGGGACAGUUCUAGGGUUUCCUGAAAAAUUGAGAGCAUACUUCCCAUCACACAAUCAGAAUGAGAACCAAGUGUUCUCACACCAUAGUUCUCAUGCUUCAACUAACUCAAUACAUGACCGAGGUGAACCUUCCCUCCCACCACCUCAAUGGGAUCUACUCAAUAGGCAGCGGCAGGGGCUCUUGAGGAAAAAGUCCGGAAAGAGUAGGCUGCAAGUUGUAACUACUACCGGAGAUCAUGAAGUUGAGGAUGAGGUUUCCCCCAGUGAAAUCAGUCACCAAAGUUCUCCACAUGAUUUGAUUGGCCGCAUCUCCUCAUCUGUUUCUUGUAUUGGUAUUUUCAGUCAUGCAGUACCAAUCAAGUGUCUCCUCACAGGCAUCCUUGGUUGUAGCCCAAUAAUGUCACACAAGAUUUGCAUAGAAGACUCUUCGGUGACAGUUUUGCAGCAUUCGUGGAGAACAGGUUGGCAGAUAAAAAGGUUGAACGAUACUGCGCACCUCAGGCUUAUGUAGAUGGAGAUUCUAUCCACACAUUAUGUUGACUGAUGGGGAAGGGACGAUUAAGUUCUUGGCCUGAAACCGAGAUCAAUACGAUGAAGACUGAAGCACAUGAAGCAACAUACACAACACACGAUUUUGCUUAGAUUUGCAAUACCCUGCCAUUAUUUUGUUGUAACCUUUGAUAUAUUUAUUUUGAGAUUGACAACUCCAAAGAAGAAUGCAUUGUUGUUGGAGUUGCAUCCUUUAAUCGGGUGAUUCAUUUGAUUUAUAAUUUUUACGAAAGGAGAUGUGAAAAUUCAUGUAUUUCCUAUAUUAGAAAG